AUGAUGCUCUCCGAUCUUCCAAGCGAUUUGGUAGAGGAAGUGCUCGUUCGGCUUCCAGUGACAUCGAUGAGAGCAGUGCGAUUCGUUUGCAAAAAGUGGAACACGUUAACCAAAGAAGAGAGUUUUACAAAGAAGCACGUUGCUCGAGCCAAAGCAGCAGCAGCAAGGGAGGUGGUUGUGGUGAUGAAUGAUCGAGUUAAUCUGAUGAGCGUCAACCUCCGUGGAAUUCACAACAACGUUGACCCGCCAAUAAACCAUCUAGGUAAACUCGUUAGCCUUACCGAUUUAGAUGGAGUCGAUAUGUCUGAAGUCUUUCACUGCGAUGGUUUAUUGUUAUGCAUCACGAGAGACCGCACUAGGUUCGUUGUUUGGAAUCCGUAUUGCGGCCAAACCCGGUAUUUCAAACAUAACCGAGAGGACGUGAUGGACAAGUAUGCUAUUGGAUACGAGACGAGAGAAUCGAGCGGCCGCAGCUAUAAAGUUUUAAGAUUUGGUGAACGUACUCCGGGAUACGUUUGUUAUGAACUUGACUAUAUCAACUCUGAAACGCGGAUGGAGAUUAUCCCUAGGCUUAUCACUGCGGACUGGUUUAUACCUUGUCAUCAACGUGGCGUGUCUCUCAAAGGAAAUACUUACUGGUAUUCUCAGUCAAAGUCUAAUGCAGGAGGAAGAGUAUUCUUCUUAGUCUGUUUUGAUUUUACAAGAGAGAGAUUUGGACCGCAUCUAAGUCUACCGUUUCUCUCUUAUAGGAGAGAUAGUCUAAGUCUAUCUAGUGUUAGAGAUGAGCAACUUGCAGUGUUAUUUCAGAAAGAGGAUACAUUAUAUAUGGAGAUAUGGAUUACGACAGUGAUUGAGGUGGAUGGUUUACAUAUUCCGGGUCGUCGCUUUGGGAGUUUCUUUGUUGACGAGGAGAAGAAAGUUGUCGUUGUUUUUGAUGAAGAGUACAGAGAAAUGUGGGAGGGCAACAUAGCUGCUUAUAUCAUUGGAGAGGAUGGAAUUAUCACAAAAGUAGAUUUAGGAAAAGCUGUAAGCACAUCUUCUUAUCAUCCACAAAUGUGCUCUUGUGUUCCAAGUCUAGCGCAAAUCAAAAUGACCACAACUGUAAAGCUGAGGAACUGA